UUCUGCUCGGUACACUUCCUCGUCUGAAUCGAUCAUCGUCUUUAUGAUUGUUUCCGUGAUCGCAGCUCUUUGAGGCGUUUAGAAGUCGUUCAAAAGUAAUGGCUCAAUUGUGGUUGGUUCGCGACUAAACACUAGAAACAUGAAAGAUAUUCGCCAAGUGAAAGAAAGAAAAACGCGUCAGAUACUCCCGCGUCCACACUGCACGAGUUACACGAGCAGCGAUGGUGGUUGCCACAAAGAUGACGAUGGCUAUAUUGAACGAAAUGCCUCCGCCGUGACAAGUAAAUCGCAUGGCCGUCAUAUUUCCCUCGGCACAAACAGGAAGGAAGAGCCAUGUUCACUUGAAUCUUUAAUCAUACCCACUUCAUUCAUCAUGUACAUGACCGACCCACGAAAUGCACCCUGCAUUGUGAUGUGUUUUUCACCCACGUUGCACGGCGGGUGCAUAUCGGUUGGGCGGCAGCACUGUGCAAGUCACUUAAACCGUGUGUCACCUGCUCGGACCAUACAUGGAAUCUUUUGGCUCCACGGAUUAUCUGGAGAUGAGCAUUUACUCAUUCAUCAACGAAUGCGAUCGGCUAUGCUGCCCGCCUUUCCGUUUGGUUUGCUAAAACGCGAAGAUCCUGGUUGAAAGUAGCGUGAUUUGUUAUGCUUGUGAUUGCAUAGCUUC